AUGUCAUGUGAGGAACCAGCAUUUUGGCCACAUGCAAGAAAUAUUCUUGAUGAUGAAUUUGAAAUUAUUAAACUCAAAGAGAAAAAAUUAAAGUUAAAAGAGAAUAGUGAAUUUGUAGAGAAUAAAUUUGAAGUUAAUAAAACAGAAAUUAAAGUUAAAAAGGAGUUUAGUGAAAUUGUUGAGACCGAAGAAAGUAAACAGGAAGUUAAAAAGAAAAUAAAAAUUGAAGAUAGUGAUAUAUAUAUAUUAUAA